UAACAAAUACAUGCCCAAUGUGGGACUCACUAUAAAUGCUCGCUUCUCCUUCUUUAGAUCUUUGCCUCAAACACCAUUCUCCGUUUCCAAGAACACCAAACUCAAAACACUAAUUUUCUUCUUCGUCAUCACCGUAACCAUGUCAAUGGCAACUUCUCCUCACACCGCUCUCUUCCAAACCCGCACCACCCCUUUCCGCCUCUCUUCCCCUCGCCCCACCUCCUUCAAACCAACAACAGUCAAAUGCACCACCCAGCUCCACACCCAACCCCCACCCCUCACCCACGCCCAAGAUCGCGUCUUCAACUUCGCCGCCGGCCCUGCCACCCUCCCGGAAAAGGUCCUCCUCCGUGCCCAAUCCGAGCUCUACAACUGGGGCGGAUCCGGCAUGAGCGUUAUGGAAAUGAGCCACCGCGGCAAGGAGUUUCUCUCCAUAAUCCAAAAGGCCGAAUCGGAUCUCCGCACCCUCCUCCAGAUCCCGCCGGAGUAUUCCGUCCUCUUCCUCCAGGGCGGCGCCACAACCCAAUUCGCAGCCGUGCCUCUCAACCUCUGCUCCCCUGACGACGCCGUCGACUACAUCGUCACUGGCUCCUGGAGCGACAAGGCGGCCAAGGAGGCGCAGAAGUACUGCAAACCCAACGUGAUCUGGUCUGGGAAAUCCGAAAAGUACACAAAGGUUCCGUCUUUUGGCGAUUUGCAGCAGAAUCGGGGUUCCAGGUAUUUGCAUAUUUGUGCCAAUGAGACUAUUCACGGGGUUGAGUACAAGGAGUACCCUGUUCCUCAGAGUGGUGUUUUGGUUGCUGAUAUGUCAUCAAAUUUCUGCUCGAAGCCUGUGGAUGUGUCAAAGUUCGGAGUUAUCUAUGCCGGCGUCCAGAAGAAUGUGGGGCCCUCUGGUGUGACCAUUGUGAUCAUCAGGAAGGACCUCAUUGGGAAUGCUCAGGGUCUCACUCCUGUGAUGCUUGAUUUCAAGAUCCACGAUGAUAACAAUUCACUCUACAACACCCCUCCCUGUUACGGGAUCUACAUGUGUGGGUUGGUGUUUGAGCAUUUGUUGGAGCAAGGGGGGUUGGUGGAGGUUGAAAAGAAUAAUAAGAAGAAGGCUGAUAUUCUGUACACUACAAUUGAUGAGAGCAAAGGGUUCUAUAGGUGCCCUGUUGAGAAGUCUGUGAGGUCAUUGAUGAAUGUGCCAUUCACUUUGGAGAAAUCAGAGUUGGAGGGUGAGUUCAUCAAGGAGGCUGCUAAGGAGAAGAUGGUUCAGCUGAAGGGACACAGGUCAGUGGGAGGAAUAAGGGCUUCCAUUUACAAUGCCAUGCCCUUGGCUGGGGUUGAGAAGUUGGUAGCUUUCAUGAAGGAUUUUCAGGCCAAGCAUGCUUGAAGGAAGCUCAGUCAGAUGUUUGAAUUGCAUAAUCAUAAUCAUACAAACCAUUGCAUCCAAGUUUGGGUGUGAUGCUCUAAAUUCUACUUUUUGUGCACUAGCUUUUAUCUAAAUAUUUGUCUGGUAUACGCAGAAAGGGUCGAAUAUGUUGUCAGGUUUUUGCUCUCUGUAGUUUGUUAGGUACCUUACAUUCUCUUCCUUCGCUUUCUUCUGCCAUGUUUGAUAUUCAAAUUUGUGUCGGCUAGGUAAUGUUUUCAUUGCACUUUACCGUUGUUUACUUCUGAAUAAAAAAUCAAAUGAGGAUGAAAAUUGAGACA